AUGUCAUUAAAAAUUCUUGUGUUUCUUGUCGUCUUUAUCGCGAUCCUUGCAAAAAAAAAAGAAAGAGAACAAAAAUUCGAAAAUUGUGAUUCUUAUGAAGAAAGCGGAAACAAUUUCUUUGACGAAAACGAUGAUUUCGAUGAAGAAAGUCUUUUUGGUGACGACGAAGAUUCUAUAGAUUAUAAAGAAAGUUCUUACGAUGACAAUGAACAUUUAUUUGAAGAGGAUGAGGAUGAUAAUAAUUUCUUUGAUGACUAUUGCAAAAUUUUUCAUGGAGAGAAUAAAAGAGGUGAACUGAAUUGUGUGUAA